GCUUUGUAAGGGUUACAGUUUAGGAACUUGGUCUCUAAAAGGUUUGCCAUUACCGCUAGACUAUAGGAACUAAAGGAAGAUUCAGAUUUUGUUUUGUAUAAGUGAUAUCCCUUAAGGAAAGCUGUCCUAAUGACCCCCCUCACCCCAUAUACAUAUUGUGCUGCUUCCUUAUCUGCUCCUUCCAGCCUCUUACAUGACCUGAGGGCCAUUUCAGGGUUAGGGGUCUGUGCUCCUUCCCAAUCUUCCCCUUUGCUGCUUGCUCUCCUGUCCUUCACCUGCUUUCCAGGGCCCCAGAUAUUCCUGUUAGCUCCCCUCCUGCCCCAGACCCCUUGUCAAACUGCUCCCCAGUGUGGUACUCCCCCCACACCUGGCAGCUUUGUCUUGGAUGACCUUCGCCGAUACUCUGUGGAUCUGCGCUACACAGUCCCCCAGCGUGUGGGCUCCAUCCCCAUCUCCACUGUCAUCAUCAGUGCAGCCACUGGCAGCCGCACCAUCCUGCAUGCUAACAGCUUCCUGGUGGCUGACUUUAAGUAUCGGGGUGUGGACUCGUCGCAGGUGGUAUGGCAGAACAAGGGCGAAACUCCUUGCUCCUGCUGCAUCGUCAACAACUCCAAUGGUUCCCGUACCAUUGUCCUCUAUGACACAAACUUGCCUGAUGUGUCAGCAAAGGACUUUGAAAAGGUUGAUCUGAAUCGGUACAAGUGGAUCCACAUCGAGGGCCGGAAUGCAUCUGAGCAGGUGAAGAUGCUACAGCGGAUAGAGAAGCACAACAAGAAGCUUCCCCGAGAGCAGCAGAUCAGAACUUCUGUGGAGGUGGAGAAACCCAGGGAAGAACUAUACCAGCUCUUUGCCUUUGGGGAUGUGGUUUUUGUCAGCAAGGAUGUGGCCAGACACAUGGGAUUUCAGUCAGCUGCAGAAACCCUAAAAGGGUUGUACAGCCGUGUAGGGAAAGGGGCUGUGCUAGUAUGUGCAUGGGCAGAGGAGGGAGCAGAUGCCUUGGGCCCUGAUGGAAGGCUCCUUCACUCUGAUGCAUUCCCACCACCUCGAGUAGUAGAUACCCUGGGGGCAGGAGACACCUUCAAUGCCUCCGUCAUCUUCAGCCUUUCUCAGGGGAAAAGCAUGCAGGAGGCAUUGACUUUUGGUUGCCGAAUAGCAGGCAAGAAGUGUGGGAUACAAGGCUACGAUGGAAUUGUGUGAAGGCACCAGAAGCCAGAAGGCAUAACCCUCAGCAGGCUCUAGGAGCAUAAGGAAGCCAGGGCAUUGCUGGGUGUCUCUACCUGCCCUGAUGUCAUGGCCAUCCAAAUUGCAGAGCAGGUGCAGCUGGGGCUGGAGUUUCCUAGCCCCACCACACCUCGGUUCUCACCUAUGUCCUUCAACCCAAAUAAAAAUUCUUCCACCAA